GUAAAUCAUCCGGCAGUAGCAUCAGAUAGCUCGAGAGCUAACUAUGUGCAGAGAUAGAUAGAUAGCAAGUGAAAACAAAAGGAGCUCACUCACUCCCCUUCAUCUCUCCGGCUGGGCUAGCAACCUCCUAUAUAUAUUCAGAGAGAGAAGGAGAGUGAGAGAUCAUCAGACAGUGUACUGCCAGAGUCCCAAUUUAGCAGGCAUAGCUAGCUGCCAGAAGGAGCUUCCUCUCCAGGAGAGGGAAGAGGAGCGAUCAAUUGAGAUGGGGCGGCCGCCGUGCUGUGACAAGGUAGGGGUGAAGAAGGGGCCAUGGACGCCGGAGGAGGACAUCAUCCUGGUGUCGUACAUCCAGGAGCACGGCCCCGGGAACUGGAGGUCGGUGCCCAUCAACACCGGCCUGAUGCGGUGCAGCAAGAGCUGCCGCCUCCGCUGGACCAACUACCUCCGCCCCGGCAUCCGCCGCGGCAACUUCUCCUCCCAUGAGGAAGCCAUCAUCGUCCACCUCCAGUCCCUCCUCGGCAACAGGUGGGCGGCGAUCGCGUCAUACCUACCGCAGAGGACAGACAACGACAUCAAGAACUACUGGAACACGCACCUCAAGAAGAAGCUCAAGAAGCAGCAAGCCAUGGGCGCCAUCUUCGCGCCGGUGCCGAUGCCGCCGACCGCCCCCACCUUCUCAUCCGCCGCGGCACAGCCUGAAGCAGCAGCGUACAGCGGCCUCCUCCACCACCACCAGCAUGACGCGAUCAUCGGCGGCGCCAGCGCCUCCUUCAGCUCCACGGUGGUGGACGUCAAGGCAGCGGCGUGGAGGAACGACACGUCAUACCGGCGCCGCUCACCGUUUGCAGAGGCAACACCCUGCGGCGGCGACUCCUCCUCGUCAGCGGCGUCCUACGCCUCCAGCAUGGACAACAUCUCCAGGCUCCUCAACGGCUUCAUGAAGAGCUCCCCACCGCCACCAGCUGCCGCUGCCCACGACGUCAAGCCUGCCAUCAUCGUCGAGGAGGUGGAAGACCCUUUCCUGUCCUUCGACCAACACUUUUCUGGUGCCACCGACCUGGCCUUCGCCGGCGUGCCACCCCCGCCGCUACCGGCGUUAUUGACAGGAGGCGUCCACGCCAGCUACGGCGAAGAGACCACCAGACAGCAGCAGCAGGCGCCGCUGUGCUCAAUCGAGAAGUGGCUGCUCGACGAGGCGGUGGAGCAGGUCGCUGACCUCAUGGACGACCUCUCCGAUGGUUGUUGCUCCCUUCCAUUGCUGUACUAGCUCAAAAAACAAAAUGGAAAGAAAAAAAACAAAUCCAACAAUAUCUUUGUCAAAAUAUAAAUUAUACACGUCCACAUAUAAUAGCUAGGUUGAUUGGUUAAUUUCUGUAAAUUGUUACUUGUUGUACUAGCAAGCUAGCUUUCUAGGAGAUACUCGCUAGCUAGCCAUGCAUGCAUGAGGCACAGUCGAGUUAAUUAAUUAGGCUCUUCCGAAAACAGGGAUGUCAAUUUGAGAGAGUUUUACAGAUUGUGCAUUUUACAGUAGGGUCAGAAGAAUAAGAGACAGGAACAGGAAAUAAGUUGACAGGUGUGUGAACUAUACAUAUAUAUACCAUCUGUAAGCAUGCAUGAUGUAACAAGUCCUCCUAUCAUGUAUCUGUUCUUGAUUUUAGUUUUCAUUUCCUUUUGUGGGAUUUGUUUUUA